AUGGAUCUACUCUCCACACUUCCCGACUUCCCCACGAAGUCCUAUGCUCAUAUAUUGCCCUCUCUUGAAAGGGCAAGCAUUACGGUGAAAGAUCUGGUCUUGUUUGACCCAUUGGAAAUUGCCAAGCAGGCAAAAGUCGCCGUGACGGACGUGCGUGCUCUGGCGGGGGAUGUGAUCAAUGCCUUGCAUCGAGAUCUUGGCCUGGGCGAAUAUCAGGAGUCGGCGGAUGGGGUGUCUAGAAGCCUGGACGGUAACGUGCGCGAUAAAGUGGAGGACCACGGGGAUCCAGAUGUGAAACAAGGCCAGAGGUUGCCUACGCUUUCGUUCAUUAGCACGUUGGACCCGGUUUUAGAUCAGGCCCUGGCAGGUGGCAUUUCGACGGGAUAUGUAACAGAGCUGGCAGGAGAAAGCGGAUGCGGCAAAACACAAUUCCUUCUCCAUUUAUUGCUUUCCGUUCAGCUUCCUCCACCAUAUGGAACAUCUCAAAAGGCUCUCUACUUCUCCACGGAGUCAGAUCUGCCUACAGGCAGGCUGUCACAGCUUCUUGAGGAACACCCUAUAAUUUCUACCCUACCAGAGGAGUCUCCUCGCCCGUCCUUGGAAAACAUCUUGGCUAUAACUACCAUCGAUCUUGAGUCCCAGGAUCACAUUCUCAAUUAUCAAAUUCCAGUGGCUGUGUCCCGGUACAAUGUUGGCCUCGUCGUUAUCGAUUCUAUAGCAGCCAACUAUCGCGCUGAGAGUGAUUCGGAUAAUGUGGAUGGCUUACUGGUUCGGGCAUGGCAGCUUAAAAAGCUUGGCCAGUUUCUACGGAACUUAGCCGCCAAUCAGAAUAUCGCCAUUGUUGUUGCGAACCAAGUGUCAGAUAGGAUCCACAUGGAGGACGUUCUAUGGGCAGACGAACCUGAACCACCCACAAGCAGUUAUUUUGAGGAAUCCCUUUCCCAGCAUCCAUCCCAGCCACCAUCUUCUCAUCCCGAAGAGACUUUCGCGUAUGAUUCUGAGGGUCCUAGGUCAUCGCCAUCUCAUCAGCUUGGAUUUACGUCGUCUCCCAUCCCGUCGUCCAUGGUUGAGGCCGAGGAUGAUGAAUUUUCUUUGAGUGUUCUUGACCUAGCUGCACUGCUGAAGGUUGACUACCAGCGGCCCUUUUUCACUGGCUGGGGUGAUCCGCAUGCAUCUACCCUAGACGCGAUGCAUAUGAAUUCCCAUUCGGAAUGGAAAACGCCCGCGCUUGGCAUUGUCUGGACAAACCAGAUUGCCUGCCGUAUUGUACUUAAGAUAGAGACCGUUCGAAUUGAAAACUCGGAUACAGGGGGUGUUUGGCAAAUGUCAGAUUCGAACGCUUUAUUGUCUUCGGUGCCUUCCGCAUACGAUGUUCCUAAAGAACCCAGUUCUCAAAGUCCCGCGGAGCCCCAAAUGCGCACACCCUUAAAACGUGAACCUAUUCAAAAAAAAUCAUCUGAGAAUGGAGAUACUCAGAAAGGGGAGACUCCAAAUGAGCGGAAACCCAACCCCGUGAACUCUAUAGCUGAACUUAAUGAUGACCUUCUUUCUGCCACCAUCCCUUCAUAUCGGAAACAGCGGACGAUUCAAGUUGUGUUCUCACCGUGGACGUCCGGGGACCCUAAACAGUGUCUAGGCGAUGAUGAUGAUGAUGAUGAUGACAACGGACCAACUGGAAGCAAAGAGAUGGUCGAAUAUGAUCCCAUGUUUAGCACGGUCGGAUUCGAAAUACACCCAAGCGGGAUACGAGGUAUUAUUCCGAUUAGCGACGAUUGA